AUGAAGCUGUUCACUUGUGUAUGGAAACCAGUUAAGCAAGAACCAAAGGCCUUGCUCUUCUUGUGCCAUUGCUAUGCUAUGGAGUCCAGCAUCACCAUGAACAGCGCAGCGACGAGGCUGGCCAAGACCGGUUUUGCGUUCUAUGGAAUGGACUAUGAAGGACACGGAAAAUCAGAGGGUUUAAGUGGUUACAUCAGUAACUUUGAUGAUCUUGUUGCUGAUAUUCCUGAAGCUGCAAGAAGUGGUAACCCAGGACACAGAGGACUCAACUCCGAGUAA